GUUGAUAUCGCUAGCUUGGCAUUGCCUGUUGUUUGCUCACAGAACAGCUCUUACCCGGAGUUGCACACCAUGGAAGAAGCCGUGUUUGACAUUCCCGACUACAACAACUUAGAGGAUGAAGCCUUCCCUCCCCUCCCACCUCCUCACUCUCCAGGUGAGAGAGGACAAGAUGACGGAGACCCUUUUGCAAACGGGGAUGGAGACGGUGAUGUGUCCGGGCUGGCGGAUGUCCCUGCUGCUAAAAGGAAAGGAGUGAAGAGGCGGCAACCCAAGCUGGACUCUCAGAGGCUAAUCUCAGAAAGAGGUCUUCCAGCUCUGCGAACGCUGUUUGAUAACGUCCGUUUCAAAGGCAAAGGGAAGGAGGCUGAGGACCUGCGGCUGCUCAUGCAGAAGAUGGAGAACUGGGCCCACCGGUUGUACCCCAAAAUGCAGUUUGAAGAUUUUAUCGAGAAGGUAGAGAAGCUGGGAAACAAGAAGGAAGUGCAGACAUGCCUCAAACGGAUACGACUGGACAUGCCACUGAUACACGAAGACUUCAUUGGAGGUGAAGAAGAUCCGGAAGCAAACGUCUUCAGGGAGCCAGAUCCGUUUGAAGAAGCGGUCUUUAAUGACCUGGAACGGCCGAUCCACUCCACCCCAGCUCCUUCUGCCCCUCCUACUAUGGCCUCCUCACCUACUAUGGCCUCCUCACCAGCACUAUCGUCCCCACCUUAUUCCUCCCCAGCUGUCCCCUCCCUGACUGAGGAGCAGCGUAAACGCAUGGAGCUGAACAGACAGCGGGCUCUGGAGAAGAGGCUCUCCCGCCAGCAGCUGCUAACAGAUCCUUCAGACUCCCAGACUGUCGACUCAACGCCGUCUGCUGAACCCACAUCUGUCCCUCCUGCAAACACACCCAGCGAUUGUCGUGAUCAGGUGGAGGCUCAGGUGGAGGAUAAGAUUGAGGAUCAGGUGGAGGAUAAGAUUGAGGAUCAGGUGGAGGAUAAGACUGAGGAUCAGGUGGAGGAUCAGGUGGAGGAUAAGAUUGAGGAUCAGGUGGAGGAUAAGACUGAGGAUCAGGUGGAGGAUCAGGUGGAGGAUAAGAUUGAGGAUCAGGUGGAGGAUAAGGUGGAGGAUCAGGUGGAGGAUAAGACUGAGGAUCAGGUGGAGGAUAAGAUUGAGGAUCAGGUGGAGGAUAAGACUGAGGAUCAGGUGGAGGAUAAGACUGAGGAUCAGGUGGAGGAUAAGACUGAGGAUCAGGUGGAGGAUAAGACUGAGGAUCAGGUGGAGGAUUCGGACUUGAAGCCAGACACACCGGAGCCCAGCGUGCAGCUUCCACACACAGACUCUGAGCCUUCUGCUGAAUCACUUCAGUAUGAGAAACAGGAAGUACCCAACCCCAGCCAGGACCUCCAACCCAGCACCGAGUGUGAAGGCGGAGAUUAAUGCUCUGGUGCGGCACCCUCUAAGUUUUCUUUUCAGAAACAAAUAAAACUUGUCUUCUUGGAGACUGCAAAGAACAAACCCUACUCUUGUUAAAUGUCCCUAGUUCAGAAUAUACCUAUACGCAUAACUUAGGACUGAUCCCAUUUCUGCUGUGUUUUGUUGUCUUGCAGAAUUAAAUGGAACUGAUGAUACAAGGAUUGGCAGGAUUUUGUUGACUUUCACUAAUUUCAGUUAUUCCUGAACUCUACUACGUGUAAAUUGUAAGUGGCAAUAUGACCCCAACUGUCAGUAACAUGCCUUCCUGCAGAAAAGUGUGUCUUUUUGUGUUGUAGUAAUAUAACGGUGCACAUUGUGCUUUUCUUUUGGAGAUUUUUUAAAAUGCCUAUAAAGAUAAAUAAAUAAAGACUUUCUUUUUUCAAAUUGAA